AUGCGUUUCUCGUCGACCUUCGCCAUCGCCAUCACCCUGGCUUUGGGCUCAGCAUCGAAGAUUAACAUGAGCUGCCAAUUCGCACAGGACAAGACUGGCAUGGUUCAGAGUCCCUACUGCUGCCGCGACUUGACGCCCGCGAGAGGAAAUCCCAAGGCCAACACGGCUAAAGACUGUGUUCUGUUGAAGACUCCUCAGCUAUGUGAAGAUCAGUCUCGACCUGCAUGCUGCUAUGAUAUUGGCCCAGAGAAGAUCUGUACCUCCCACGCUAUUUUCCAGAAUGCGGCAGAUGUUUAG